UUAUCGAUUUGUUUGAUUAUUAUUAUUUUCGAUUACAAAAUCAUGAAGGAAAUAUUGUUUAAAUUUAACGUCAGUGAUUCGGUCUGUACUUGACGGAUUUCCUGACAACUGGAUUUCCAUUUUGGACCAAAGUGGUCAAAUGACGUUAACUUCGUGAAAGGGACAUCCGGACGACGACACCAAGCCCAAUGAGAUCACAAUGUUGCUGACAUUUCUACUGACAGCCGCGCUGUGGAACUGCAAUUGCUGGUGGAAUGCCGCCAAUAUUUACACUUUCGCCGUGCAACCCGGAUAUUUGGACUUUGACAAUUUACCGGACACGAAUUUCUCAUGCGACGGCAAAGUCAUCGGAGGUUAUUAUGCGGAUGUGGAGACCGGCUGUCAGAUGUUUCAUGUUUGCACCAUUGGCCAAAAAGCGGAAAUUACCGAUAUCAAAUUCUUAUGUCUAAACGGGACGGUAUUCGAUCAGGAAACCAGAGUUUGUGAACGUUUGGACGAAGUGGAUUGCAGUAGGAGUGAAAGUUUCUUUGAUCUUAACUUGGAGUUAUACGGAAACAACGGAGCUGGCUAUGGGAUCGCACCGGAAGAACCACCGGAACAGGAUUCAGUGCAGUGUAACGUGGACGAAGAAGAGUGUUCCGGAACAUCUGAUUACUUUGAUGAGGAGAUUACCACGGUCGCGGGGCCAGUGGGCUCAUUGGCAGCCACAGCGGCGGUCAUUGCCACGACGGCAUCAACGACCACUUCCACCACGAGUACUACCACCACGACUCCGCGGACGACCACGAUCAGUGCGGCCACGAGUAACAAGCGUCCGUCCCAGCCGAUAACGAUGACGAGCACGGUGAAACCAACGCAGCAGUCGGCCGUCUCGUAUCCGACAAACUCACCGGAAACGAUAGCGGCCCUGAUAGCGCUGCACAACGCGUUUCAAGAGAGUCUCAAAGAACGGGAACAAGGGCCCGGGCCCAAAGGGCAGCAGGCCCAUCACAGGUACCAUCCGUCACCGCCAUCACCGUCGCCGCCACCGCAACAACAGCAGUCCAAGCCGUUUACGGUGGCCAACUUCCAACCACCACGACACUUCCCGUCCAAGUCACCGCAGCAACAUCUGCAACAGCAGCAGCAUCUGCAGCAUCAGCAGCAGCAACAGCAGCAACCGCCACCACCUCCGUACCGACAUCAACAGCAACAUCUGCAACAGUUCCAACAACAGCAGCAGCAGCAGCAGCAGUUGCAGCAUCCGGUAUUACUGUCGUCCGAGCGGUUUGGAAACCAAAACUUCCGUCACGGCUUCCGGCUGCAAAACGAACCACCCCCACCGCCGCUGCCGCCUCCCGCAGACGAGUCGCCUCCUCCGUCUUCGUACCAACAUCAGCAGUAUACUGGAGACGGUGCGCAGUACGACGGUAACUACGACGAAACCGUCGCGGCCAUCGGACUAGGCGACGAAGACGACGUGGACGACGAAGAGUCACGACGGAACUUUGCACGCGAAGCUCCCGAAUCUUCGGUCUCGGUUUCGGUGCAGGUCAGCUCGUCGUCGACUAAAAACAGUGCCAUCAACCAGCAGCAGCAGCAGCAGCAACAACAACAACAGCAGCGGCCGACACAAGUGGCCGUCGCCGUUGCCGCAGAGUCUGCGACGCCCACCGCGACCACAACGACGACCACCACGGCGGCCACGGCCACGGCGGCUAACCUUCCGUUCACGGUCAAGCCGUCACUGCCGCAGCCGCCUCCGAUCGACGCCGAUCCGAACGGUGGUGAUCUGUACGAGGACGAGUACGAAGAGUUGGAAGGCGACGAAGAGUUCUUCAAGGACGUGCCAAAAGUGGGUCAGGACAGAAGAAGAAGAUACGCAUUGGGCGGUGGCAGACGAGCGUAGCGAUAUGAUGAUGAUUUUUAUAAUAAUAAUAAUAAUAAUAAUAAUAAUAAUAUUGUCUUUAUCGUUGCAACCGUGUACGACGCGGGAACGGCCGUCAAAGUCACCGCGAUGAGACGAUCGAACGCAGUUUAAAAUGUUUUUGCUCAAUAGUUUUGCGUUUGCUGUUGUGAUCACGACUAUAUACUAUAUGUACGCAAAUACGGCCAUUUUUUUUACUUCUCGUCUUCCGUCUGUCGUGUGUUCUUUUACGCCGACGUCCCUGAAUCCUACUUCUCCUCCUAAUAUCUGUCUGCUACUCUCACUUUUUACUCACCCCUGUCCUAUCUGCGGGCUACGAGUAAGAAAAACGAAAAAGUGAUUUUUUUUUUUUUGUUUUAUUGUUUACCUAAAUUGUUUAUGUAUAAUAAUAUUAGACGAUUUUUUU